ACUGAACGUCACGUCCGCACUUGAACUUGAGUUUUCUCCCAUCGUAGAAGCCAGAGAGCCACACAGAGCCGCUCAGAGCCGCACGCACAGUCCAGGGGAUGCGGGACUCACAGAGAGCAAACACAGUGGCUUCGCUUUGACUCGAACAGUUAAAGUCUCACCCGCCCGGCCGCUGCUGUCAGUGCAGUAGAAGUGCCAGCCACUUGGCCACAUUUCGAGAAGUGCCGGGAAGAAAACUGGAUUCCUUUUUUACGCACUCCACCGCGCAGGAGCGGGCAGUGUCCGGCGUGGCCGGAUAGUGGACACAGGUAGACACUGACCAUCAGGAGGUGACCUCUCGCCCCCUUCCGUCUCUCCAUCCUUCACUCUCCGCUCCUCUCUCGGCUCGCCGCUGACAGAUGGUGUAAAAGCGACGGAGAGAACAGCGACCCCCUCCCUCACCUCAGAUCGAAGAAAGGAGGCGCACAGACACAUUGGCACCAAACUCCGCAAGAGCGCCCGGCGCUGCGCCACGGCCGGCCACCGCGGAACGCAGGAGCCACUGCCCGCUGAAGAGAUCACCUCCAGGGCGAGAUUCGGCCCAGCGUCUAGUGGUCAGCUCGGGGGGCCGACAAGCAGGCUGUUUGUGGGCGGAUUGGUCGGUUAUAGGAGCCGGAGCGGGAAGAGGAGGAGGAGAAGGAGAGCCGACCCUUCCAGCGCCGCUCUCCGGGCGAUGCCAGUGUAAAUGCCAGGGCGAUGUCCCGACGCAAGCAGGGGAAUCCGCAGCACCUGUCCCAGAGAGAAAUAACGCCGGAGGUGGAGCAUCCAGAUGGCGCUUUGCUCUCCGAAUCCCUACCCUCCAACCCACUCACCCUGCCCUCCAAUCCACUUGGCCUACGUCCCCAUCCUUUGGACCCCAGCUUGGCUCACACGCUGCCGCCUGGCCUCCACUCUGACCACGACCUGCUCACUUGCGGCCAGUGCCAGAUGACUUUCCCGUUGGGCGACAUACUCCUCUUCAUUGAGCACAAGAAGAAGCAGUGCCAAACACCGCUGCUGGCCAACGGCUGUUAUGACAAGAUGAACGACCGAGGAGGAGGAGGACAAGGAGACAGUCCAACUCUGCAGAGCCUUCAUCACUACGCGCAGAGGGUGGAGCUAAGAAAGGUGUUGGAGCCAGUAGAGGUCGGCAUCCAGGUGACACCAGAGGAGGAAGAGGUGGGAGGAAGAGGGGAACGAGGUGAGAGAGGAGAGAAGACACCAACCAAAGGAAUUUGCCCGAAGCAGGAAAACAUGCUAUCAGGUGGAAGGGAUGAGCCCUCGAGCUAUACAUGUACCACCUGUAAGCAACCCUUUCCCAGCGCCUGGUUCCUGCUGCAGCAUGCCCAGAACACCCACGGCAUUCGCAUUUACCUGGAGUCCAGCCCCUCCAGCGCAACCCUCACCCCACGCCUCACUAUGCCUCCACCCAUUGGCAACGACUCCAUCCCACAGUCCCCCCUCGCCAACUUUCUAGGGGAUAACAACCCUUUCCACCUACUGAGGAUGACAGCACCCCUGCUCCGUGAACCUCCUCCAGGCUUUGUAGAGAACCGUCUCCCCAGUACGCCUCCAUUUGUCACUCCACCUCCCCGCCAUCACCUGGACCCCCAUCGCCUGGAACGCCUUAGUGCAGAGGAAAUGGGCCUCAUCUCCCAGCACCCCAGUGCCUUUGAAAGGGUGAUGCGGCUAACACCUAUGGCCAUGGAGUCCCAGUCUAUGGACUUCUCCAGGCGGUUACGAGAGUUAGCAGGGAACACUAACAGCACCACACCACCAUUAUCACCCAACAGGCCUAACCCUAUGCAUCGACUACUAAACCCUAAUCCCUUCCAGCCUGGGCCAAAAUCGCCAUUUCUGAGCACUCCUCCAUUGCCACCAAUGCCCCCAAACAGCACCACCCCUCCCCAGACGCAGAACAAGAUCAAGUCCUGUGAGUUCUGUGGUAAAACCUUCAAGUUUCAGAGCAACUUGGUGGUACAUCGGCGCAGCCAUACUGGAGAGAAACCAUACAAGUGCCAGUUGUGUGACCACGCUUGCUCUCAGGCAAGCAAGCUGAAGCGCCACAUGAAGACCCACAUGCACAAGGCUGGAUCCCUGACGGGGCGUUCAGAUGAUGGCUUAUCCACCACGAGCUCCCCAGAACCAGGCACCAGUGACGUGCCAGGUGAGGGUAUGAAAAACCGUGAUGGUGAUUUCCAGGGGGAAGGCAACGAGGAGGAAGAAGAGGAGGAAGAGGAAGAGGAGCUUGAGAAUGAGAGUCGACCAGAAUCAAAUUUCAGCAUGGAGUCUGAGUUCUACCGGAACAGGGAGAAUGGUUCUAAACCUCUAUCAGAGGAGAAGUCGUCCCUUGGCCUUGAGAAGAUAGUGGAAGGUGGGGGGCUCAAUUCUAUACAGCAGUACAAUAAUUUGAUAGUUGACAAUCGUAAAAGGAUGCCCUUCUCUAAGAGAGCCCUGGAUGGCCAGCGGGAUACUGGAGAUGAGGAUUCAGUGGCUGGGGAAAUAGAUGACCACCAACAGGAGAGGACAACCAUUAAUGGCCGGAACUGUGGCUCCGGUGAUUCUUUCUCAGGUCUGUUCCCCCGUAAGCCCACCCCCAUUACCAGCCCAACCCUGUCCAACUCAUCAAAUAAGAGGAUCAAGAUAGAAAAGGACUUGGACAUUCCCCCUGUACCCCACAUUCCUUCUGAGAAUGUGUACUCCCAGUGGUUGGUUGGCUAUGCUGCCUCACGCCACUUCAUCAAAGACCCUUUUCUAGGCUUCAGUGACUCCAGACAAUCGCCCUUUGCCACCUCCUCUGAGCACUCUUCAGAGAAUGGCAGCCUGCGCUUCUCAACCCCUCCAGGUGACUUGCUAGAUGGGGGUUUGUCUGGCCGCAGCGGCACCGCCAGUGGGGGCAGCACACCUCAUCUAGGUGGUGGCCCUGGUCCAGGUCGACCUAGUUCCAAGGACAGCAGGAGGUGCGACACCUGCGAGUUCUGUGGUAAGGUGUUCAAGAACUGUAGCAACCUGACGGUGCAUCGGCGUAGUCACACUGGUGAAAGGCCCUACAAGUGUGAGCUGUGCAACUAUGCCUGUGCCCAGAGCUCCAAGCUCACGCGCCACAUGAAGACACAUGGCCAGCUUGGUAAGGAGGUCUAUCGCUGUGACAUUUGCCAAAUGCCCUUCAGCGUGUACAGCACCCUGGAGAAACAUAUGAAAAAGUGGCAUGGAGAACAUUUGAUGACCAGUGAGGUCAAACUUGAACAAACAGAGAGGGCCUAAAGCUAAUUCCCUGUUUCCGUACUCUUUGACUUCAAAAUAACAAAAAGGGGUAGCUGGAUACUUUUUUUAUAAGAUAUUAAUUUUGGGUUAAUUUUAAUUGUGUCUUUGAUUAAAUAAACUGCCAACUGAGAAAAAAAAAGCGUGAAAACAGAGAUCAACUGAAGCUGUCUAAACUGCCUUAUGUGGCAUUCGUUUUUAAACAAUCCGUCAGUUGAGUUAUAAAAUAUAUGGAGCCUUUAACUGUGCAAUAAUUUCUGUAUUUAUUGGAUUUUGUAUUUUGGCAUGUGCAGGUACAU